AUGACUUCUAUUAAAAGUCUGGCCAGGACUGCCAUCAUUUUGUAUGCCAUAUGCUUUUUCACCAACUCUGAUGGAAGACCAAUGAUGAAAAGAUCAGUGAGUGAGAUGCAACUAAUGCAUAAUCUUGGAGAGCAUCGACAUGCUGUGGAGAGACAGGACUGGCUUCAGAUGAAACUGCAGGACGUGCACAGUGCCCUGGAGGAUGCCCAGAGGCCUCGAAACAAGGAUGAGAUUGUCCUGGGUGAGAUAAGAAGUCGGAGGCUGCUCCCCGAGCACUUGCGGGCAGCAAUGCAGAAGAAAUCCAUCAACCUGGACAACGCUUACAUGGAUGUACUCUUUAAAACAAAGCCAUAA